UUAUCGAAGUUAAACAAACCUUAUACUUCUCAGGGGGUUGUCCUUCAAAUAACACCCUCCAUGAAUUCCAAAUUCUUGCUCAAUUCGCAACGCCGAGAUAAUGGAGCAGUUGCUUAAGCAAACGAGGUUGAAAUUCUCUGGUGUAGGACGAGAAAAGGCAGAAGGAACCAGCAAUAUUAGGGACAGAAAGAUACCAACCCAAAAGACUCAAUCAUUCAAAGGAGACAAGAGAAGCCAAAGCUGGUUGCAGAGACAAUUCACCAGACAAACAAGCCGGAGCGAUGGCUACAGCGGUGGCGAAGACGAGCUAGCCGCUGCCGUGGCUGCUGCAACCUUUGCAGUCAACAAUCUCGACGAAGGUUUCUUCACGCCCAACAGCAGCCCGAUGAGUGCGGGCCCUGAGAGCACCUUAACCAAGGCCAAGUCCAAAAGGCACAACGGAUCGACGCAACUAGAAACUGGUGAAGAAUCCCUAAAGAGCGCAGAUAGAAAAAUACCGAUAACCGGCCCCGCCCAAACCGUGCAAAGACGUUCAACUUUUGCCGAGAAGCUCUUGGAAAGCACCGAGGACGCCAGAGAAGGAGCGCCCCCACCGCCAAAACCAUCCCCUUCCAUCAAGAAGGCCUCGUCAUCAGCCGAUAAACAGUUCAAGAAGGUCAACAGUAUGAAACCCGAGAUCUCAUCGCCUCCGAUGCCCGAACUGGAACCGCUUCCCACCAUCACACCCGUGCGUCCACCGCCGCCACCCGAACUCAAAACUAGUCAAAGUCCGGCAAUUCCUGGAGGCGAAUCGAAAGCGGAUGCCUGGAUCAGACAGGAGUCGUCUAGGAUCAAGGAAAGGUACGACAGCCUGAACGCAACUAUAGUCUCGUGGGAGAUCGAGAAGAAGAAAAAGGCCAGACGCAAAUUGGAUGUGACAGAGAGUGAAGUGGAGAGAAAAAGAUCCAAAGCAUUGCAAACAUUCCGGGCCGAGAUGGAGAGGAUUGGACAGAUUGCGGCCGGAGCGAGAGCAAAGGCAGAGGAAAGGCAAAGGAAUGAAGAGUUGAAGGCCAGAGAGAAAGCAAAUAAAAUCAGAACCACUGGGAAACCUCCGACCACAUGUUUCUGCUGCUGAAAUCGCCGGCCCUGGCUGGUUCUCCCAAAAUACUCGAAGCUGCGGAUGUAAGAUAUAUUCCUUCCUGUCUGUUUCUCGGUGUGAUCGCAAGAAUACCUUUGUACAGUUCUCAGUUUGCAAGAUGUUACAUGGCUGCCUCUUAUCA